AUGGCCAACCGGAACCACUUUGUUUUGGGUGGGAUUGGGGCGCCCCUUGCGACCAACGUCAAAACGACACAUCAAGUAAAGAACAAGGCCAGCGCGCCUGUUUUGUCCGAGAAUCGUAGACCAGCGAUGACCGAUGAAUCUGCCGACCAAGGCAGCAACAUACAUACAAAAGACAUGAACUUAUCAACAAAGAACAACAACAUUUCAGCCGUUAGAUCCAACUCUUCAACUGCAAACCAGCAGCACGGCCUUGAACGACUCCAGCCAAGCAACAGUGAUGGCGCCCACCAUUGCAGGCAUCCAAUUAAAAGUUACUUCCCAUGCUUACCUGUGCCUUUGUUCAGCAUCGCCCUGACAGACCCAGGCCUAUCCCCGGCCCGGGCCAGACAUCCGUCGGUCGACAACAGACCCAACACGUCAGACACCGACUCUUCCGAUGCCAACAAGGAGAUGACGGAAACGGAGCGUGAUGACCGCGAGGAACCUACUACGACAGAUACCACAGAUGCGUGCUUUCUUUACAACAAUACCGUUGACAGCACCGAGGACGAAGAUGGCGGCCUGGGGGAGAUGACCACCAGUGAAUACCGCGAGUUCAUCAACUGGAGAAUAGCGUCUCUGAUGUCGCCUGAACCCAGCGGUUCAGAACCCAUUGUGGAAACAGAAGAUCACGACUUCGCAGAUCCAUCAAAUCACGACCUUGAUCCCGUCACAUUAGAUACACCCGACACCACCGAAGACACAGACGACGACCAGGACGACGACUGGCUCCUCGAUUCAUUGACGGACGAAGACUUGGAACACUUCACCAUGGACGACCUCCAGGCGAUCUAUUCAGCUCGGGAAGACUACAACGAGAAGGAGACAGAACACGUUCUGCAGAAUCCCCCGUCCCCGCCCAAGCAGAGCCCGUCUCGCCGAGCUAGACAGCCAAAGACACCGAAAUGGACCGACCAUAGCCUGGUGGAUGAGAAUGGCUUAAUGGACACUCGGCAAAGGAGGCGUCAGACUACAGGACGCAGACUGCGGAGGAAGUGUAACUGGUUGCGCGUACCUGCUUUGCCAACCCGCACUAAUUCGUCGGUACCCGACCUGAUAAUGACGAGCCCGGAGGGAGGAUCGUACUCCUUGCAUGAUCCUAUGGACUACGAAUGAGUAGCAGGAAGUUGCUGGAACUGCCAAGAGUCAAUGGCCAGAACAAAACGCAUGACAUGGAUGGGCGUAAGGGAACAAAGCAGGCGCCGGUUACAUGAUCCCAGUAGAGUUGGCC